UGUCGGCGAGUCGUAUUUUUCGUCGAGGCAUGGCAUCUACUUCUUUCGUCAAAAUCAACGGACAGCGGCUCAUGGAGUCCCUGCAUCACAGCUGCCAAUGGGGUGCCAUUCCCAACUCAACAGGCAUGCGACGCCUGUCUCUUGAUGACAACGACAAAAUUGUCAGAGACUGGUUCAGGGAGCAAGUCGAGGGCUUGGGUUGCAAGUAUCACUUCGAUGAAAUGGGCAACCAAUUUGCUAUCUUGCCCGGUAAGAACAAUGAGCUGAAGCCAAUUGCCAUGGGUAGCCAUCUGGACACUCAGCCAGCAGGCGGCAAGUAUGAUGGGAUCCUCGGCGUUCUUGCAGGUCUGGAAGCAUUGAAAACAAUCAAAGAUGCUGGCAUUGUGACGCACUCGCCGCUUGCACUCAUCAGUUGGACCAACGAAGAAGGUGCUAGGUUUCCCAUCUGCAUGGUCUCUAGUGGUGUUUGGUCCGCUGAAAUUCCCCUUGCGAGGGCUCAUAACUUGGCAGACCUGGACGGGAAAACUAUGAAAGAAGAAUUGGAAAGGAUUGGGUAUAAAGGGGAUACUCAAUGCUCCCAUGAAGCUACCCCUAUCGCUUGUCAUUUUGAAUUGCACAUCGAGCAAGGCCCUAUUCUUGAAGCAGAGAAAAAGAUGAUUGGAGUUGUGGAAGGCGUGCAAGGCAUGCGAUGGUAUGAAUGCACCGUCAAAGGCCGUGAAGCGCAUACCGGAACAACGCCGAUGAAUGCACGCGGUGAUGCUCUGUUGACCGCUGCAAAGUGUAUUGCAAACAUCAAUCGCAUUGCAGUUGCACAUGAUGGUCUCGGCACGGUUGGUGUCAUUCAAUCUUGGCCUCAAGCCGUCAACACUAUCCCGGGCACCGUGAAGUUUAGCGUCGAUUUGAGACACGCACAAGAUGACAAACUCGACACACUCGAGGCUGCUGUGAGAAAGCAGCUUGAACAACAUGCCAAGGAAGCAGGCGUCAAGCUUGAAUUGAAGAAGACUUGGGAUUCUCCUGCUAUCAACUUCCAUCCGGACAACGUCUCUUGUGUCAGGCAAGCUGCUGAGGCUGCUGGACUAUCUUCGAGGCCGAUGCGAUCUGGAGCAGGCCACGACAGUGUCUAUACAAGCAAACGUGUUCCAACGUCCAUGAUUUUCUGUCCUUCGAAGGAUGGCAUCUCGCACAACCCGGCCGAGUAUUCCUCUGAUGAGGAAUGUAUCGCUGGAGCUCAAGUUUUGCUUGGUGCUGUCUUGGCAUAUGACAACCUCGUCAGAUCGCGCGCGGCUUAG